AAGUUGUAAAGCAAAACAGCAGCUUACAAAACUAAGAUUAAAUAACAGAUAUAUAUAUAUGGUAAGACCGGUUUUAAGUAUUGAUUAGAAAUCACAUCUGAUCAAAUUAAAAGCAAAACAAAUGAAAAGGGGUGGAGCUCCAUUUGUCCGAAGCAUAACUGUCGAAAACUCUCUGAAAACCUGCAUUUGGAAAUUAGUUUUAUUAAAGUUUCAGACGCUCACGUCGCUUUUUUCUUUCUUUCUUUCUCUCGCUCUCUCUCUGUUCCUCCGUGAGAUUGAUUGGAGGAGUUUACAGGCUGGCACCCCCAUCGUGUUUUCAGCCGCUCACACUCCUCAUGAUUGGUCCGCCUCCUGCAGCCUCAGCCACCAGAAGCGCCUCCUCUCAUAAACCUCGUCAGACCGCACAAACGUUUCCCAUUACUUCCAGGAGAAGCAGCGACUCACUAUUAGGAACUUUGAGUGCGACCUAUGGCACACAACUAGCAGGGUAGACUACUCCCUGACGAUCUUUAUUAACCCUUACGGUGUAUGGAAAGUGCUCCUGGAUGGACCUGGGCGAAAACAGCUGGUCCAUGGUCAAGCGAGAAGUAUCCAGCAGCCCAGGGUCGCCGGCUGAGCAGACCUACCUGCCCGGUGACAGCAGGAGGGACGGUCCCACCUCGGAUGAGCUGAGGACACCUCCGAUCGACCUUGACGCACUGGGGCACCGCCGCUCCGACGGCAGAUCACUACACUCCUACGUUCACUUUGGACACCAUAACAACACCCUGACCACGGUCGAGGACAUCCCGUUGUUUACGGAUUUAGAUCAAGGCAGCAAACUCGUCCUCUCCAGCGGAGCGCACAAGGCGGGCUUGUUGGUGGACCCGACCGACAUGUACCAAACACUGGCCAUCGCGGCAGCGCAGAGCCAGACUGGAUAUGAUUCCUCCUCUGGUGGUUAUAUGCACUCCAACCCCAACUCCCCGGUGUAUGUUCCCAGCUCCCGGGUGGGCCCCAUGAUACCCAGCCUCUCUUAUCUGCAGGCCAGCGGCUCUGCGCAGCCCAGCCACGCCGUCUCCAGCCAUUCGGUCUGGUCGCAAUCCGCCCCGGAGAGCCCUUCAUACAGCACCGGGAGCCCACACGCCUCCAGUCGGUUCCACUACCCUCCAAGCCCGCCGAUGAAUAACGGGACGCCCAGGGACACCGGCUACAGUAACACGCUGAAUGUGGGCGGCAGAGAGCAGUACGGCCUCUCUCGGUCCCUCGGUGGGACCUACGCGAGUCCAUAUUCUCCCUAUGUUGCACCGCAGCUGACCCAGCUGCCCUCGCAUUGGACCGGGGGACCUUUUGAUAACACCAUGCUGCACACCUUGCAGAGCAGAGGCGCGCCCUUGAUUCGAGGACCAAAUGGGGUUACAGAUAUUCUCGACGACAUGGGGGAGAGCAGAGAGUGCGUAAACUGCGGCUCUAUAUCCACGCCGCUCUGGAGGCGCGACGGCACGGGUCACUUUCUCUGCAACGCCUGCGGCCUUUACAGCAAAAUGAAUGGGCUGAGCCGGCCAUUAAUUAAACCACAGAAACGGACGUCAACGUCCAGAAGAAUCGGCCUGUCCUGCGCUAAUUGUCAAACCAGCACGACCACUUUGUGGCGCAGAAACGCGGAGGGAGAGCCAGUGUGUAACGCGUGUGGGCUCUACACAAAAUUACACGGGGUACCUCGGCCGCUCGCAAUGAAGAAAGAGGGAAUCCAGACAAGAAAAAGAAAACCGAAGACCUUGAAUAAAACAAAGGGAUCCUCUGGAAAUAACAACUCUGUCUCUAUGACUCCCACAUCCACAUCUUCAUCUAAUUCAGAAGACUGCUCGAAAACCAGCUCUCCCUCCGGACAGGUGUCAGGGGUCAGUUCGUCUGUGCUGUCCAGCUCAGGGGAGGGAACCGGCUCCGGCUCAGUGGUGAAGUACCCGGGACAAGACAGCCUGUACACCAGCGUGGGUCUGUCCCAGCCAUCAGAUGUAGCUUCAGUGAGGGGUGAACCCUGGUGCCCCAUGGCCUUAGCUUGAACAUCUAAAUCUUUGGGAGGACAGCAAUCCCUGGCCCCCUCCGUCUGGAUACGAUGUAGUGUGGAAGUAUUCGGGGGGCAAUGUUUGUUUCCUUCCUCGCAGCUGAUGCAAGAAGAGUCGGUCAGGAGGGGAAAGAAGGGUGAGGCGACCUUCAGUCACACUGCAAGCUUGAACCGAGCGUGGAAUAGCUGGGAUUGUUUUCCAGGUUGGUGCGGGGGAUCUUGUUGCCUUAAAAAAAAACAAAGGGAAUCGCUAGGCCAGAUGAUCAAUCAGGUGGCCUGCUUUGGAUGAUUUCUGGACCCGCCAUGCACUCGAUACCUCUCCCCAUCCACCAUGGCACAGAACCAGAUCUCGUUUCUUAAAAAAAAAAAAAAAGCCAUCAUGUACAUACCGGAUUUCCUCUCUGAAGAAAAAGCUGUUGAUUGGAUACCACUGCUUCAUAAAGCGUUAUAUUCUUUUAAGGACAUUAAAAAAAAAAUGUGUUUUUUUUUCCACAACUGGAAUCAUGCCACAAGUGCCAAGACAACUUUUAUGAAUCAAAAGAAAAAAAUAUUUAUAAAUCCUCCAUUGUUGAAAACAUGGCUAUGACUGUUAAUAAAGAUAUCAUUAUAGAGUAGAAGUUAAA